UGGAGGCGGGUCGCGGGCGCUCUCUCGGCCUUAGCGCCAUCUUCUCGGGUGAGUGUAAUUGCUGACUGUGUUCGGAUUCCGUGCACAAUCCAUUAACAUCUGAUCUCUGCACUUGCCAUCAUUACAGCAAACUAACUGUGGCCUUUUUCUCUUUACCUGUAGAAACCUCUGCGCCAUGAGAGCCAAGUGGAGGAAGAAGCGAAUGCGCAGGCUGAAGCGUAAAAGAAGAAAGAUGAGGCAGAGGUCCAAGUAAACCGCUAGCUUGUGCACCCAUGGAGCCACAGGAGCAGAAAUAAGGAAAGCCAGAGGCCAGGGACGCUGGUACCAAUUGUUGGACUGCAUGCCUACUUUCUAGAGCUUGAUUCAAGGGCUCUAGAUCAUCGUCAUCUGAUCGCAACGACCACCUUUGAAGAGACCUGCCUUGUUCAUACCAAAACAGUCCCUUUUGGUCCUUUGCCCUGGACCUGUGACUUUCGGGACUAAUUCUGUUUUCAUUUGUGGCUGGAUGUAACACGUGUACAAUAAAUCAUCUCUUCUGCUGUCUUAGCUGAAGAAAAAAAAUGCUCUUGUCUGAUACGUGGUUUUUAUGGUUCCAUUGGCUGGGGGGUUCUGGAUCAGUGCAGCAGGCCCUCUUGAAUACCCCGUGCUGUAGAGUGUCAAGCACGUACCAUGGGCUACAGUGACUCCCGUCCUUGGCUAACAUCUGGUCCUCGGGUCCUCGGAGCAGCUGGAUAACUGGGGGGCCCCUCCCAUACUGGGUGUAGUACAAGCACGGGGACAGUUUUCAAGGUGGUUUGCGGCCAAGUUGGGGGCAAACCGCGGUCCCGCCCCUACUCUUGGCUGGGCCUACCUUAACAGUUACUAAGUUCCCGUUUGGGUGCCCUACUGUGAUGUUGGGUUGGGUUGCUAUGGUGAUACGCAAAGCUUGCCGGGAGCUUCCUGUGGCUAGCUGCACAAGUACUUUGCACACCAUAGAGUAGUUCCGGGUCUGUGGCUAGAGUGCCAUUUCUUCCGCAGGAAGCGGAAGGGCGAUAGGGUAGGCGGCUCUUUGUCGAAGCUAGAGGACCGGCAGGCGGCAGCAGCAACUACGGCGGCGGCGGCAGAACCCAGCAGUGAUGUGGAGGUGGAGACCCACAGGAGCCCCGGACUUCACCUGAGCUACCUCAGUGGUCACCAAGGGUGGCAAGAAAAAGAAGAAAGCCCUGAGUUGGGGGGGACCAGGAUGCCUGACCGGGACAGCUAUGCCAACGGCACUGGGAGCAGCAGUGGAGGCCCUGGAGGCGGUGGCAGUGAGGAGGCCAGUGGGGCAGGGGCGGGCAGUGGCGGGGCCAGCUCAGAUGCCAUCUGUAGAGACUUCCUGAGGAAUGUGUGCAAGCGAGGCAAGCGUUGCCGCUAUCGCCAUCCAGACAUGAGUGAGGUAUCCAACUUGGGGGUGAGCAAAAAUGAGUUCAUCUUCUGCCAUGACUUCCAGAACAAGGAGUGUAGCCGCCCUAACUGCCGAUUCAUCCAUGGCUCCAAGGAGGAUGAGGAUGGUUAUAAGAAGACAGGAGAGCUUCCCCCUCGGCUGAGGCAGAAAGUGGCAGCCGGCCUAGGCCUUUCACCAGCUGACCUGCCCAAUGGCAAAGAGGAGGUCCCUAUCUGCCGCGACUUUCUCAAGGGUGACUGCCAGAGAGGAGCCAAGUGCAAGUUCCGCCACCUGCAACGGGAUUUUGAGUUUGAUGCUCGGGGUGGAGGUGGCAGUGGUGGUGGCGGGUCAACAGGCCCGGUCCCCCCAGGACGACGUCAUGACCUCUAUGAUAUCUACGACCUCCCUGACAGGGGCUUUGAGGACCAUGAGCCAGGCCCCAAGCGCCGCCGAGGUGGAUGCUGUCCCCCAGAUGGCCCCCAUUUUGAAUCCUAUGAAUAUAGCCUGGCUCCACCCCGAGGGGUGGAGUGCAGACUGCUGGAGGAGGAGAAUGCCAUGCUCAGGAAGCGGGUGGAGGAGCUAAAGAAGCAGGUCAGCAACCUGCUGGCCACCAAUGAGGUACUGCUGGAACAAAAUGCCCAGUUCCGCAAUCAGGCCAAGGUCAUGACCCUGAGCUCUACUGCACCAGCGACGGAGCAGACUCUGGCCCCCACCGUGGGCACUGUCGCCACUUUUAACCAUGGCAUUGCCCAGACUCACACUACUCUCAGCAGCCAGGCUCUACAGCCUCGCCCCGUAUCCCAGCAAGAACUGGUGGCCCCCACUGGAGCUCCGGCUGCUCCCCCAACUAAUGCUGCACCUCCUGCUGCUCCACCACCCCCACCCCCACACUUGAACCCAGAGAUCACGCCAUUGUCAGCGGCUCUGGCUCAAACAAUUGCCCAGGGAAUGGCACCCCCACCUGUCUCCAUGGCUCCCGUGGCUGUAUCUGUGGCUCCUGUGGCCCCUGUGGCUGUAUCGAUGGCCCAGCCCUUGGCAGGAAUCACAAUGAGCCACACCACCACUCCCAUGGUGACUUACCCCAUCGCUUCCCAGAGCAUGCGUAUCACAGCCAUGCCACACUGAGGGGGCUAACGGACACUCCCCUGGUAUAGCCUCCCAGGGCUGGGGUCAAGGGGCCCUUACCCGCUCGCCUAGCCCUCCCAGGCCCUGUCUAAAGGGCUCACUCAAGAACUAGGACGAGAGACUCCAAGGAGUUUGCUUCUGAGAAGGGGUUGGGCUGGUCUGUUUUCUCUCACCUCCCUUUUAUGAGGGUCCUCUUGUCCAUCUUCCUUCAAGCCUCACAGAGGGGGCUUGCAUAGGAGUGCAGACUGAAGCCAGCAGAAAGGAAGGACUGACCGAGGGGCUGUAUGUCCCCUGAUGGGAAGACGGGGACAUCCUGGUCUUGUCCUCUCUCCUUUAUGGCACAGGUUCCAGCACUGGCUUUGUAAGAAAAAAAAAAAUAGCCUGCCUAGAGGGAAAGCCAGGAAAAAUUGGGAAGCAGGUGGCCAGGAGAGAAGGCCUGAUAGGAGCCUUCAGACAAUUGGGGGCCCUAGUGGAGUUGGACAAUAUAGGAACUGUUCCUGGGCCCAUGGGAAGGUGGGGACCAUAGUACUCCAGCCCAAAGACGAGGGGAGCGUUCAUUACCUUGGCUUGGCCUGGAAAUCCAUAGGGCAGGGCCCACCACUUUCCAAAGAAAUAAAAAAAGAAUUAUUUUUAACAAA